CAGUGAUGAUGAAAGUCUGCUGCUUUGCGAUAGCAUACAGGGUGUUGGCACUCUUCACGUGCAGCAGUAGCCUGUCACGGCCUGCCGCAUCAGAGAGCGUAUUUACGAGCUUGAACAAGUGCUGCACGUGCUGUUAGCGGGCCCCUAGAAUCUCCGGCGCCUGGUUCAUGCCAAUCACCAAUAUCGUGCAAAGUCGUACGGUACUAGACCAGCGGAGUGUGAACUCUCACAACGGAGUGUGAAAUGGAUAGGUUUACACUCUACUAGUCAGGCAUGCCGAAGCGCGCCGAUUUCAACGUAUCAUUGAGUGUUCCACGCACACUGCCACGACCAUGGAAUCGUUCAAGUUCACGUUCAAAGGAAAUAACUUGACGCACUCCAGACUAUCAGAUGGCUCGACUUUACCUCUCAGCAACUCCGACACGAGGUCACUUCCAUCGCGAUUUUCACUGACGAGGCGAUGUACCCGUCUUCUAACGGGAUUAAUUUUGGUCUGCCUAUUUCUAUUCUUCUCAAGCAUCAAAGCGACCGGUCCAUCUCGGGCGCAGGAGCAAUCUCUCGCGGAACAGCACUCGCUACCGCCGUUGUACGAGGAAUAUCAUGAUUAUGAACGACACUUGCCUCAGCAUAAUCUUUCAUUACCUUUCCCAGAGGGACGUGAUGCGAAGUUCUUUUGGGCCGCCAACCAUGUCACUAGUUCGGGAUGGGGAAAUGCCAUGCAGGAGCUCGUGAUGAAUGCAGUAUUGGCUCAUGCAACUAGACGAGCCUUUGUGUUUGAUAAUUUCACUUGGGAACGAAAUGCUAUCGAUUACUCAACGUUCAAUGGAAAACUCAUACCUUCGCGUAUACCCUUGUCAGCUAUUAUCAGUGGCCCCAUAAUAGGGUCGUCAUUCCCUCCCGGGGAUGCUGCUCCUCGUGCUGUCUCACAGGAGUACUUCAAGAAAGUUUGCCCAAACCCCACUAUCAUCGACAGCUGGGAUGUGAACGAGCAUCUUAGGUUGGACAAUAACGUACUUGCUCUGGAAAUAUUUGAGAAAUGGGUGGAGAAAUUGAAUUCCAUCGACGACCCAUGCGUUGAGAUAAAACAGGAAUCAUACCAACUAUUUGAGAUUUGGCUAUUUGGAUCAAAACGCAUACUUUCAAUCUGGCCCAUCCUAUCCAAGUCGCCUGCCCUCACAGAUUUUUCUUGGUCUCCGCUUAUUCUUCAAGCAUACGCGGAUAAUGCUCAUUUGUUUACGCCGACUUCUUCCUCGUUCCGAUUUUUCCCCUCGUUCAUGCGCCCUUCCAGUCCAACUCCUACAACAUUACACGACGUCCAUCCUAUUGUCAAAGCAAAGGAAAUGGAUACUGUAGCCGGAUUACUGGCUCUUCAUAUUCGCCGAGGCGACUUCGCAGGUCAUUGUUCACAUCUUGCUAACUGGUCCUCAGAUUGGAACGGGUUCAACAAGUUCUCUGCCCUCCCUGAUAAGUUCAGGGUCCCUACAGACGGCGGCUGGGGCGAGACCACAGAGGCAAACACGAACAUGUACUUCAAAGCGUGUUUCCCAACGAUUGAACAGAUUAUCGAGAAAGUCCAGGCCGUGCUUGCUGAUCAAAGGCGUCUAUAUGGAUCCGCAAAGGAGUUGAGGAGCAUAUACAUUAUGACGAAUGGAGACGUGGAGUGGCUGCAGCAGCUUAGGGAGGCUCUUAUGCAGGUAAAAAAAUGGGAUGCUGUUGCUACCAGCAGGGAUUUGAAGUUGAGUUGGGAGGCAAGGCCUGUCGCACAGGCCGUGGACAUGCUGAUCGGUCAGCGUGCUCAGGUGUUAAUAGGUAAUGGGUUUUCUAGCCUAACAUCCAACAUUGUGAUGUUACGCACGUUGGGGGAUGUUCCCUCGGAAGAUACUCGGUUCUGGUGAGGAUGGUUUCCCGUUUAUUGGAGUGAUGUAGCGUAGAUCCCCUAUCUUAUUGGGUCACUGACGGCUUUUCUCAACCUUUGGGGUCACUUGGCGAAUGUUCCGGAGUCGGUAUACAUGAAUUAUUUUAUCUAUUCGUCUGGCCUCUGCACGUCGCUACCAACCCUUUCAUUGCGGAAUGUUUAUUUUUGUAUUAUUACUCAGUUAUACCCCUUCUCAUAUACCCUCGAUAAUGAUCUGCGGAAACACCUAUCUCCCCAUUCCGGUGCUGUGAUGGGUACUCGCAAGUUCACGACUUACGAUCGAAGUAGAGAUGAUCGACUCGAAUAUUCAGGCACCUGGCUCCUGUAUGUCGCUUUCGCACAGCGGGAAAACCUUUCCUUUCUUGCACGUGUGUCUCUAGAUUGUUCUCGCCCCUUGAUUAUUUGUG